CUGCGAACCGUGGUGUCCGUACCUACCCAAGGUUCCUUGAGGUACCCCAGGUACCUAAGCGGAUUCAACGACGAUUGCCAUGACUGGGUGCAUCUGCCAUUCGUGCCUUCCAUGUUCCUGUACAGGUCCUUGCAUGACAUGCAUCUCUGCAGUCUGCAGUCUGCAGUCUGCACGUGUAAAGCCCUUUCCUUAACGGUCGAAAGAUAUCGCGACUGCUUUACGGACGUACUUGCCUUCCUGACCGUGCCUACCUUACCUACACAGGUACUUACCUACUUCAUUUCAAGAUGGAUGAGAUCCUUUUUUCAUCCCAAGUUAUGGAAGGUAUCAACCUGGGAGAUAUGCCACUGUCAUCCGGUGUCGUGCCUGCCGCUUCCACCCUUCCAUCCCAUCCCGUCCUAUCACCUUGUUCCCUCCCAACCUCCAUCGACAUUAAUAAACGACUACGACUACGACGAGACGAGACGACGACGACGACACCGACUUUUCGUCUUUUUCGGCCCCCGAUGCCAGCUCACGGCGAUCCUCGAUGACGGCCGUCCACUUUGCUUGCCAGAUGCAGCUUUGCGGCCGCCAGCGGCAAAGCACAGCCACAACUCAAGACUCGCGGCGUCCUCCUCAUCCAACCAUUGUCUGUAUUUUCCAAGGUGGAAAGACACCUUCAGCUCGUUUCCAACCACACGGUUCAGCCGUUGUGGCAACAUGCAAAUUCCGAGAAUACGAGGCCUUACUCCUUACCCAGUCAUAGUCGCCCCAUGCAAACACGUAAAGCGCAUCUCCACCACUGCUGCAGCACUCGACCUCCGGAUUUGCAUUCACAGCAGCUUUAGCCUGUCUCUGAAAGUUUCUUCCCCCGAGAUGGGGCGCCGAGCCACGGAGCCGACGCGGCCAGAUCGCCGCUGCCGCCCCCGUUCCUGAGCCUUUUCUAUUCCUGUUCUUAGCCCAGGACCAGGUCGCCAACUUCAGAUCCGCCCCCAAUGCUUCCGCUCCACGACCAAACUGGGCCAUUCAGGAGCCAGAUCGCAAUCCCGACUGACCUCUUUCAACUGGCACACUGGUACGGGCAUGUUUUGCUCCUGUCUUGUCUCGUCGGCCCCUUUUCCCAAGAUUGCCUUGAUAGGCCUUGGCCGUUGCGUUUACGAGAAAUCGAGAGGCCUUCUCUCUCUCGCCUCCUGGCGAAUCCGGUCGUCACCCCUCCUUCCGGUCUCGCCUCCCGGCCACCUCGGGUUGAACAUUACAGAGGCGGCGAUAACAGCUUGCAGCAAUGCGCCGAGGAGAUGCUGCGCGUCAUCCGCUGGCACACGCACAUGCUACUGUACCUUGCGAUUUGGUUUCCCGCUACACGUACGUACAUACACAGUUUCGGUAUGCCAAAAUUAUCGCCCU